AUGACGUCUUCUGUGACCAACGCGUCUUCCAUCCAGGACCUUGCCGAUAAGAUUCCUAUUCUACGCUCAGAUGAUAUCUUCAAGCAGUAUGUAGACGAAUCUGCGUCUGUGAAAGGAUUUAAAUUGGAUCCUGAAAUGCUGAAAGAGAACCCUGAGGCUCUUGCAAACUUGACCAAAAAUAACGAGAACUUCCUUAACAAGCUCACAUACCAGUUUCUCGAGACGGAGGCAAAACAGAUUUUUCUUGGGUUUCUGAACGAAGGACACAAAUUGACCGCAUCCGAAAUGGAAACCACAAACCAGAUGAUUUCUGAGUCAAGAGAAAAAUACCAGGAGGUGGAAACCAAUACCGCUAAGUUGAGAAACGAAAUACAUCUUGGAAGCAGAAAGGUACUCAAGGCUCUGGCUGAGGUCAGUAAGCUCAAUAAAUCGAUCAACGAACUGAAUAACACGAACGAAAAUCUACAGAAAGAGAUUGACGAUUUGGGCCAACACGAUAUGAUGAGUUUUGGAUCACACCAGUUCAGCUCCCUUGAACAACUCGAAGAAAUGGUUGCCCAAGCUACUGCUGAGAAUGAGCAACUAGAAGCCGAAUUAGAACAGCUUGAAAGCUUCAAGGAAAACAGAGCCGGUCAUUUGCAACAGCUCGCAAAUGACCUGGAAGACACGAAAGUGUCUGUCGCACAUAACCAGGAACUUCUCAAAGAAUACGCACAGAAAAGAGAAUCUUCACAUAUCGACCCAAAGCUGGAUAUGAAUUACAAGUAUAUGAUACAACUGAUCGACAUUUGGAAGUCUUUAGCAAAUCAUUGA